UUCAAUGCGUGAAGAAGUGAAUCUGAGAAGCGUUUUCGAAAACUGAAGAAAUUUCUUCAAGUUUACGCGUAUGGUGACCGGUAUAGUGAAGAAUUGCUCGAGUGCAUCCUCGAAGACGAUAAGUGAAAACAUAGACCACGCUCUACUUGCCGCUCAAAAAUGGAAAUUAAUUAUUUUAUACAAUUAGUUGCGUGUUUUGUUCUUAUAGUGUUUGUGAGGUGUUCCGUGAAUGAUAUUGAAGAUACCGAGAAAAAUUUAUAUGACAAGAAGCUUCUAUACUAUCCGCAGAAGACGAGAUUCUUCGAUGAUAUUGGAUUGAUUCCGCAAUCCUGCCGCUUUCGUGGGCACAAAUACGAAUGUGGAUUGAGCAUCAGCUGUGUACUUGGAGGCGGCCGACCUUUAGAUCUUUGUUCUGGAGGCAUGAUCUGGUCCUGCUGCGUCGAUAGAGAUACUUCGCACACACCUACACAUCGGCCCGAUGUAGGUGUCCUCAGUAAUGCUAACACAUACCAUCUAGUAAGCUAUUACCCCCCGGAUUCUGAAGACGAUCCAGACCUCAACACCGUGGACAAACCUUACAGGCCGAUUGCUAGACCCCACAACAGGCCGACCUAUCACGAAGAAGACCCUGCUGAGGAUUACGAUUAUGAAGAAGAAGAAACCUUCCCUGGUGGAGAACCACAUAACUACAGGG